GAGGAAGGCAGAAUCUAGGCAGAGGUCGCAGCAGUGCCAAAGGACCGCCUCAGCCGACGAUUUCUUUGCAAGGCGUAUAUGCUAACAUGCGAAUGGUUCACAUACUCACGUCAGUCGUUGGGUCAAAAUGUGAAGUACAAGUGAAAAAUGGAAAUAUAUAUGAAGGAGUUUUUAAAACGUAUAGCCCUAAGUGUGAUUUAGUGCUUGACGCAGCUCACCGAAAAACUGCAGAAUCCAGUCUGGGGCCAAAACGAGAAGACAUCAUAGAGAGUAUCUUGUUCAAGUCUUCGGAUUUUGUUAUGGUGCAGUUUAAAGACAUGGAUUCCAGUUAUGCACGAAGAGCUCCUUCAGAAACAGAUGCUUUUACGGAUUCUGCAAUCAGUGCUAAAGUUAAUGGUGAACACAAAGAAAAGGAUCUGGAGCCUUGGGACGGCGGGGAAGGCAGCACUGCGGAUGAACUUGAAGCUUUAGAAACGGAUGUGUCCAAUGGAUGGGAUCCUAAUGACAUGUUUCGAUACAAUGAAGAAAACUACGGUGUGGUGUCAACUUAUGACAGCAGUUUAUCUUCUUAUACGGUACCCCUAGAAAGAGAUAACUCAGAAGAAUUUUUGAAACGGGAAGCCAGAGCGACCCAGUUAGCAGAAGAAAUUGAAUCCAGUGCCCAGUACAAAGCUCGUGCUGCUUUGGAGAAUGACGAGCGUUCAGAAGAAGAGAAAUACACGGCUGUCCAGAGAAGCGCGAGCGAGCGAGAGGGCCACAGUGCGACAACCAGGGAGAACAAGUACAUUCCACCAGGACAGCGGAAUAGAGAUACUCUUUCCUGGGGCACUGGAAGGCAGAAUUCACCAAGGAUGGGCCAGUCCGGAUCAGGCCCACCGAUUUCAAGAUCCGGAUCCCACUCAUCAGAUUACAGUUCUAAUUCUGGACCAGACCAAAGAGUAGUUAAUGGAGGUGUUCCCUGGCCAUCGCCUUGCCCAUCUCCUUCCUCUCGCCCACCUUCUCGCUACCAGUCAGGUCCCAACUCUCUUCCACCUCGGGCAGCCACCCCUACAAGGCCGCCCUCCAGGCCCCCCUCGCGGCCCUCCAGGCCCCCGUCUCACCCCUCUGCUCAUGGCUCUCCAGCUCCUGUCUCUACUAUGCCUAAACGCAUGUCUUCAGAAGGACCUCCGCGGAUGUCGCCCAAGGCACAACGGCACCCUCGAGGCCACAGAGUUUCUGCGGGGAGGGGGAUGAUUUCAAGUGGCUUAGAAUUUGUCUCUCACAACGUGCCCGGAGAAGCCGCGACGCCUUCGUCCACUCGAGGCAGCCCUUCAGGUGGGACGUGGUCAUCCGUAGUCAUGGGGGUUACGAGGUCGUCUCCCAAAGCACACAGACCCCGGUCUCCAAGGCAGAGCAGUGUUGGAGGUGUGCCCUCUGGGCCAGCUCUGUCUUCUCCCCAAGCUGGCUCUACUCCAGCGGAGUCCGUAGCCGCGCCUGUUCCAGCUGCCUCUCCUACCCCUGCCAGUCCUGCCUCCAACAGAGCAGGUACCCCGUCCGCUGAAGCUAAAGACUCAAGGCUCCAGGACCAGAGGCAGAGUUCUUCUCCUGCUGGAACCAAGGAACAUCUAAAACCAAGCGAAAUGUCUCCUAGUUUCAGCAAAUCUGAAUGCAAAGGGGUCUCUCCAGCUGUUCUAGAACAUAGAAAACAGAUUGAUGAUCUGAAGAAAUUCAAGAAUGACUUUAGGUUACAACCAAGUUCCACCCCAGAAACAGUGGAACAGCUGCUAAGCAAAAACAGAGAUGGCGAAAAAUCCAGAGAUGUGCCUAAGGAGAAGGCUGACUCCAGCUGUAAGGACGCUGUGGUUGACGCGGGCAGCAACGCUGCUUCAACCAGCGGCGGCAGCAGCAAGCCCAACAGCCCCAGCAUUUCGCCAACCAGCAGCAAUGCUGAGCAGAAGCGAGGGCCCGACGUGACCUCGCAGGGUGUGCAGACUUCUGGCCCUGGAGCAAAACAAGAGAAAGAGGAGAAAGACGAGAAAAAGGACACCACUGAACAAGUUAGAAAAUCAACGCUGAACCCGAACGCGAAGGAGUUCAACCCCCGGUCGUUUGCUCAGCCCAAGCCUUCUACUACGCCAACGUCACCCCGUCCGCAAGCCCAGCCCAGCCCUUCCAUGGUGGGCCAUCAACCGCCGACGCCGGUGUACACCCAGCCCGUUUGCUUUGCACCAAAUAUGAUGUAUUCUGUUCCCGUGAGCCCAGGCGUUCAGCCUUUGUACCCUAUUCCCAUGACUCCUAUGCCAGUCAACCAGGCCAAGACCUAUAGAGCAGGUAAAGUAUCAAAUAUGCCUCAGCAGCGGCAGGACCAGCACCACCAGAACACCAUGAUGCACCCUGCCUCCGCCGCCGGGGCUCCUAUCGUCGCUACACCGCCGGCUUAUUCAACCCAGUACGUUGCCUACAGUCCUCAGCAGUUCCCCAACCAACCUCUCGUUCAGCACGUGCCACAUUAUCAGUCUCAGCACCCCCACGUUUAUAGCCCUGUCCUUCAGGGCAACGCUAGGAUGAUGGCGCCACCGGCCCACCCGCAGCCCGGAUUAGUUUCUUCCACCGCUACGCAGUACGGUGCGCACGAGCAGACGCAUGCGAUGUAUGCAUGUCCCAAAAUACCCUACAGCAAGGAGACAGGCCCUUCUUUCUACUUUGCCAUUUCCACUGGUUCUCUGGCUCAGCAGUAUGCCCACCCCAGCGCCACCCUGCAUCCCCAUCCUCCGCACCCGCAGCCGGCUGCCACGCCCACCGGGCAGCAACAGAGCCAGCACGGAGGAAGCCACCCGGCCCCCAGCCCAGUGCAGCCUCACCAGCACCAGGCCGCCCAGGCCCUCCACUUGACGAACGCGCAGCAGCAGUCUGCCAUCUACCACACCGGUCUUGCGCCAACUCCUCCUUCCAUGAACCCCGGCUCCAACACACAGUCUCCGCAGAGCAGCUUCCCGACAGCACAACAGACCGUCUUCGCCAUCCACCCUUCCCACGUCCAGCCCGCCUACACCAACCCGCCGCACAUGGCUCACGUGCCCCAGGCCCACGUGCAGUCGGGCAUGGCCCCUUCCCACCCGACUGCCCAUGCUCCGAUGAUGCUCAUGACGACUCAGCCGCCGCCCGGUGGGGCCCAAGCCGCCCUCGCGCAAAGUGCACUACAGCACAUUCCAGUUUCGACAGCAGCACACUUCCCCUACAUGACGCAUCCUUCAGUACAAACCCACCAUCAACAGCAGUUGUAAAGCUGAGCUGGAGUAACUGUGAGGCUGGAACCCUCUUCCUUUUUUUUAGGCCAAAUACCUUCCUUCUCCUGCUUCUACCAACUUGGAAGCACAGAAACAAGACAAAAACGAAGCAAAAUCUUAGUAUUUCACUUAUAUUUGUUUUUAAGGGAGAGAGAAAAUUGUGUAACAUCCGAUAGAAUCCUAACAGUUCACCUUGCAGUGGGAGAAAUUUGGACUGAGACAAAGGCAUGUUGAACCCUUGUGGGACAAUUCCAUAGUUCCAUGUGUUGUGUCAAAAAAUAAAGCCCCCCUUCCCUGCCCCUGUUCCGCUUGCAGAAAACAAAAACUGGAAAAGCUAUUUAUUUUUUAAAACAGCCCUUCAAAGUUACAAAUUCAUCAGCUAGAGAAAGAAGUAAUGAGAGUGAUUCUUGCUGCUAUUCUCACUUAAAUAAGUAAAUGAAAAAUCAAGACUUUAAAAUAAAUCCCUUUUACUUCUAACUAAACUUGAAAGAGGUUUGGAAAAAGCAAAUUCUAAUCGUCAAACGGAUAUGGAUUUAUUAUUUAUAAAAUCAUGUUUGAUGAGGGGGGGGGAACCGCUGUCGCAAGGCAGCGGCGUAACUUUUAAGUUAAGAGGAAACUUUUACUUUGUAGAUAAUAUAAAAUAAAAACUUUAAAAAAAAAUAAAAAAUAAAAAAAGUUUUAAAAACUGA